UUUUCCGGUUCUAGCAACCAUUCAAGACCUAAGAUGGCGGACCGGCGGCGAAGGAGGAGGCGCGCGUCCCAGGAUAGUGAGGACGACGAUGACGAGUCUGGUACGGGUUCCGAUAGCGGGAGGUCGGGAUCCUCAACGACCAAAAACCGGGGGAGAGAUCCUGAAGUUGCGGAGGCGGCAGUCAGCCGUACAGAGGCGAAGAGUGACGUAGAGUCCGAGUGUGAGAGUGAAGAUGGAGUAGGAGAAGCUGUCCUCUCUGAUUAUGACAGUGCAGAUCCAGAGGAAAAUGGCUCCCAUUCAGAGGGAGGGGAGGAGGAAGAGGAGGCAGAGCAGUACAGCGACGAAGAAAACCCAGCAGUAGCCAGCCAGCCCAAACCUACGGCUGAAGAAGGCACAGCACAGGCAGAGGAGGUAGCGGAUGAGGAGCAGGGGGAAGAACAGACAAAAGGGGAGAGCAAGACUGAAGAAAAAGGAAAUCUAGCUGGAGAGAGACAAAGUGGGGACGGACAGGAGUCCACGGACGACCCUGAAACAAAGGCGGGAGGAAAACCUGGACAGCAGCUGGAUGACGAUGAGGACAGAAAGAACCCCGCCUACAUUCCCAGAAAGGGUCUGUUCUUUGAGCAUGAUGUCAGAGGUCAUGCUCAGGAGGAGGAGAGACCUAAAGGUAGAAACAGAAAGUUGUGGAAGGAUGAAGGUCGCUGGGAACAUGACAAGUUUAGGGAAGAGGAGCAGGCACCAAAGAGCCGUGAGGAGCUCAUUGCGAUCUAUGGAUAUGAUAUCCGAAACGGUGGCAGCCAAGGGGACCGAUCAUACAGGCAGCGUAGAUCCAGACAGAGCACGUCCCCCAGCAGGGACAAACGAUGGAGAGAAGCAGGAGGAGAUCGACCUGUCCGAUCCUGGCAGAGUGGAGGGGGAGGUCUGAACAGAGUAGGCGUGCCUUCGCCUAUUCACCCAUCCUCUACAUCCCCGUCAUCUGUUCCACAUGCUUCUGCUCAGCGAAGCAGUAACGCCACCAGACAACAACGUCUCUCCCGCAGUAGACCAUCUCACCCCGGUCACGUCCCCCUGCAGUCACAGUAUAGGAGUAACGAGUCAAAUGCAGCCCAGAUGCAUCCCAGAGAACGACAGGGCUCUAAAGCUCAGUCCGAGUCUGCAGGAGACAGGAGUGUGGUUAGUAGGGGAGGCCGUGGAAGAGGUGGCCCAGCUGUGGUCGUUGAGGAUGUUGCAGUCAGUCAAGGAGGUGUUGGGGAACAGGACCUAAGUUUAAGUGAUGCAUUGUCAUCUCAGCCAACUACUUACCAGUCUGCAUCACCCAGACGGCAGGAGCAACGAGGGAGCGCAGACAGAUCUUCUAAUUUGACUGUUUCCUCCACUACGUCUGAUCCCGCCCUUCAGUCAUCAGUAACUGUGACCAAUCGGGAAACCUCUCCCCCCACAGAGCGGCCAGUAGAGCGUAAAUCUUACUCGCUGGCUCGCAGGACUCGCUCUCGAGCUGCAGACUUGGGCAGCAAGCAGGCAUCCAUGGAGGAAUCUGCAGCUGGAGGGAACACAUCCUCCUCUGGCAGUGUGGCAGGUAAGAGCUGGACAGCAGGAGGAGAUGGGCCAAACCAGGUGGCAGGAGGAAUAACUGAGCUGGACCAGGAUGUGGCUAGACUAAAUCUUGCAGGGCAGGGGUGGAACCAAAACCAGUCAUCAUACAUCCGCUCCGAGUUGAGAGGUGUCCCUAACCCCAUGCAAAUGCCUGGUGGUCCACAGUUUUCCAGCAUGGAAGAAAUGGGCGUCGGCUCUAAUCGGGCUAAACGCUACUCCUCGCAACGCCAGAGAACCGUACCAGAGCCGGCACAGCCCAUGCACCUGGGGGUGGUGGAGGGACAUUACUAUGAACCCAUGUCGUACCAGGGACCAAUUUAUACUCAUGGGGAUGGUCCUGCCCCCAUUCCUCCACAAGGCAUGCUGGUCCAGCCUGAGAUGCACAUGCCCCACCCUGGACUGCAUCCCCACCAAUCAGGCGGCCCGAUCGCUAACCCUGCGCUCUAUGGAGGCCCACCUGUCUCUCUUUCUCCAGGGCAACCACAGCAACUGCUGCCUCCUCCGUUUUACCCCCCACCAGGUGUCAUGACCUUCCCCUACCCCACCAUGUAUCCAAGCCCACAGGGUCAAUCCCAGGUGACCUAUGGAGGCGUAACAUACUAUGAUACAGUGCAACAGCAGGCACAGCCCAAGCCUUCACCACCUCGCCGUACAUCCCAACCCGUCACUGUCAAGCCCCCCCCUCCAGAGGUUCCCUUUGCCUCAGAGUGACCCUGCCCCUCGCCCCUCCCUGCCACCUAGUCUCAUCCUCACUCUGAUCUCAAAACUACAGGAGCAGGGCGGGAGGAGGUGAGGAGCUGCGGUCCAAUACAGCAACCACCAACGUUAAGGAGGGAGGUAGCCGAGGGAAUGGAAAUGGACUCUUAAGGUGACACGCGUCAUCACUGCUGGAAUGUGAUGAAUUUUUGUCCUGAUCCUGAUUAGCCACCAUAUAGUUGGACUGUAGUGUAGCUCUGCAGUCACUGGUUUGGUCUUGCCAGCGUGUCUUUGACCAACAACAUUGAACAUGAAAACAAAAUUCUCAAUUUUCAAACCCUUUAGAACCACCUUUGAAGCAUUUAAUGUCAGAGUUGGGUAAAGUUAAACUCAGACCUUUCUCUGUUGCAGAUGUAACAAGAUGUCAAGUUGAAAGUAUUUUUGUUGUCGUCUUUACAGUCAUGGUUAUAUGUUCUAUCAGGAGUUGGACUGAACCCUGGAAGCAGCAGCAAAAUGCAAUAUGAACGGUUACAGAGUCUCUCUAUUGGAUACCACAUCCAGUUAUCAGUUCACUUUAUUAACAGCUUCUAUUAUUUUGUAGGAUCUAGGAGAUUGUUUCCCAUUGUAGGUAUACUGUCAUUACCAAAAAGCUGUAAAUGGAAUUUAUUCACAUUAAGAGGAAUUUCUCAAAACUAGUCCUGUAUAUGUUGGACUGCAGCUCUGUCAUUUUCAUAUCUCCAUAGCUGAUCUAGUGCUUCCUGCAUUAUAGUUAUUCUCUCACACAGUCAGGUCUUGCACGUUAGUGUUGUUUUUCUUUUUGUUUGUUUUAGUUCUUGCUUGACUCCAAAUAAUCAGUUCUAUAUUUCUUACUGACUUUCAAAUAGGCAAUGUGGUUUGUUUUUGAGAAAUUUGAACUGUUGCAGGUUGUAGCUUCAUCUGUCACCUAAUAUUUAAUCAGUCACUGCUCUUUAGUGUGUUAUUUAUUCCAAAAUGAGUAAUACACUAAUUAAAAUUUAUUGUUUGUCCACAUCCUAGGAGUUAGAGUUGUUGACAGAUGUUUAAAUAGAUUAACACCACUAAGUUAACCAGAGACCAGCUGAACACCCUGAGUCGCUAUAAGAAAAAUACAGAGCCUGGAAAAAGACUUGGUGAUUUUGACCUGUACAGUCAGUGAAAUGCUCCUCAAAAUCACUUUAUUUGCUCGUGUGAGCAGAGAGUUGGUUAUUUCCUUGCAGCAGCUUUUCAUUCUUCUUCUCUUAAGUUAAGACACAUUGCACAGAACAGCCGUUGCCCGGUGAAGGCGUUUAUUGUCACUGAAUAUAGCGAAAUGUGUAUAUAGAAGCCUGAACAGAUAAAAAUAGACCAGUAAACAUAUUCUAAUGAUACUACUAGAGAUAAAGAAAAGUCAGCAUCUGAUUCAAAAUGCAUCGGCAGGGACCUUGAAUGUUACAAAUGGAUGGAUAUAAUUUACAGAGACAACAAACAGUCUGGCUUUAGCCUAAUAUUUUUUCCAUGUUUUAAAAUGUCACUGUUUAAUUUUAAUGUUGUCUUUGUUUAUUAGUAAAUGCAGGGGAGAAACAUUCUGAUACUUUUUUUCACAUUGGCGUCGUUGAAGGGCACCACUUUAUAAGACUGAAACGACUAAUACGCCUUUUUAUUUUGUUGCAGAAAUCUCUCGAUCUAUAAUAAAAUGUUUGGACUUGAAAGUGAAACUGUUUGUUCUAAAUUAAUGUUUUGCUGUUUCUCCUUGUCUUAAAACUGAGCAAAAGCAAACAUCGUCUACAUUGUGGAUGGAAAUGUGAAUAUGCCUAAUCCCCUCUGGACAUUUGAUUACAGGUAUAAACCUGAAAUAUGAAAGCUCAUUUCUACAAAAAAAUAACAAACUUUUUGUUUUCUCUGUCUUGGUCAUCAGUUUGUCUAUGUCACAGCUGUAACUCAAACUAAAGAUGUUUUUUUUUUAUGCACAGAAUAAAUCUGUAAGAUAUUGAACUGCUAUGAGUCAGAACACGCUGUAGACAACUUAAUUUCUAUCUCCAGAAUAAAAAAGUCUGUAUCUCAAAACUAGGUAGACUAUUAAUCAGUGAUCAAAGACCAAUGCUUUUUCUUAUUAAUCAGAAAAUAUCUUGUUGGAAUUUACAGGAAAUGAGUGAAUGUACCUUUAAAAAUUCUGUAUUACACUACUAACAAUAAUCCAUAUACCAGGGCUAAAACUAUUCAUUUUCUGGUGAUUUCCCAAUUAUUCAUUUUGAAACAAUUAGUUCAUUACUGUGUUUGUUGUAGUGCUAGGGCAGUGUUUUGUCUUCCAAACAGUGCUACACAUAGAUGACUCCAUUAUGUGUCAUGUUCAAUGAAAUCUAUAUAAUGUUUUUAUUGAGAAAAGCCUAAAAAUAGAAGUCAUUUAAUUAUUCAGGCUACCAUCAAACCAGUGAGUGAUAACGUGGAUGCUUGGGUCAGAAAUGUGGCAACUUCAGCUUUUUUGUCAUCACUGGAAUUGUUUGUUCUGCUUUGUUUGGAGUUGAAGGUAGAACCUUUAAAUGUUUAGUGGUUUGGCUCUGCUUUUUUGUUUAGGUGUUCAAGUAAUUUUUAAUAUGACGUCAUUAUUCUGAGUUCUACAUGACCCCUGACCAGACUGUGUUCACUGUGAUGGCAGUGAUGAUUGUCAGUGUUACGAUUAUGGUUGAUAACGGCAUCAGUUUUUUGUUUGUUUGUUUGUUUCUGUUUGUAUGUGGCGAAAGUUAUUGACAACACAGGAUUAAUAAAGAUAGAGAUCUUAAUAGA